AUGUUAAAAUAUAUGAUUUUCAUUGGAAUAUUCUGUACAGCAGCAGCCGAUCUCAAAAUAUCAAAGCACAAUGGCAGAGAUAAAAGUGUCAACUUGGCCUUGGAGACAGUUUUGGAGUUCGACCAAGAAAACAAAGAAACUGAUAUCAACAUACUGAAUAAAGUGAACAAAUUCAUUGGCAAAAUUAAAAAUGUAAUUGAAAACAGAAAUAUCAGCAGACGCAAUUUGAAACGUGGAAAUAAAAACAUUUUCACUGAUUUCAUCGUCAAUCUAAUUCAAACAUUAAUUAAAUAUGAAGAUAACGAUUUAGAAUACUUUGUAUUAACCAUUAAUUCUGAACUAAAAAGACACAGAGGCAGUAUUUUUCAUGAGUUAGCAGAAAACAUUGAUUUCCAAAAGGUAUUUGCUGAUAAAUUUGAUAAAAUUAAUAAUAACCAAGCUGAAACAAUAAGACAUUAUUUAAAAGCAUUUGCCAAUAAUUUAAAUGAAGAAAAAUAUGUAAAGAAAGAAGAACUACUAGAUACCAUUAAUUCUAUGUAUAAAGAAGAUUCUGUUUCGAAAUUUAAUCAAUUCAUAGAAGACAUGGAAGAUUAUAGAUUAAAAGCGAGAAAAAAUAUUGAUCUACAGCAACUUAUCAGAGGAGGAUUAAAAUCAAUACUGUUUGAUCCAUACUCUAGCCUACAAGUUCACUCAAGAUCAAUACUGACGUCAAAAUUGCGUGAGUACCUCAAAUAUUACUACGAUUUAUUAAACGAUGAUCCAAAAUAUACGACAAAUAUUCAAAAUGUAUCAGAACUUAGAACUCGAAGCGAAAAUUAUAUGGAUAAAAUUUUAAAUUUAAGCACAUUAAAACAGUAUUAUGCGAAGUGGGUACGUGAUAUACAAAACAGAAAAAGCACAACAACACAAAUGACAAACCGUCCUCAUAGCGUGCCAACGACAAGAAAAACUGAAAUUGAAAUUACUGAAGAGGACGACAACGACGGUGAUGCUGAUGGUGACCAUAAUGUAAAACUUAAAAAAAAACACAAGCCUUCUAUAGAUGUCAGACAUAAAAUAAUUUUUGAGAAGGAUAUGACUAAGUAUAAGGAAGGAGAGGAUAAAACAUCUGAAGAAGGCAUAACUUUACGGCAAAUGUAUGUAGAAAAACAUUUGGAUCUUAAAUAUGAUCCAUACGCUUACGACCAUUUGACAACUGACAUGAAGAAGAACGAGGGAAUUGUCGAUCCCCCCACUUCACCUACAACAAGUAAACCUUAUAAAAAAUCACUCCUAGAACGGUCUCUGAAAUUAAAACAAAUUGAAAAACACGACAGCGAUACUUUUGAUGAAACAAAACAAAAAUUUUAUGACAUAGAUACUGAUAGUGCAGAUUUGUCACAAUUUACUUCAAAAAGGCAAAUUUCUGUAAAAUACACCGAAAACCCAGAACAUUUUGAAGCUAGGUCUGAAUACAAAAUAAGAUCAGAGAACGGUGACAGUUCUGAAGAUCAAGAACUAUACACCUUUGAACCAAGACUUCCAAAUGUAAUAGAGCUGGUCAAAGACAUUGGCUACUCAAUUGAAAUUAAAAAAGAUCUUGAUUUAUCUGAUGAAAACCCUAAUGUGAAAAAUGCCAGAUCCAAGAAUGAACGCUAUCGCAAAGAAAGUUCAAGAACUUUUGGAGAUCACCUUAAGCCGGUCAAUAUCAAAUCAUUGCGGCAGAACAGAGAUUCUUUAAAACCAAAGCUUAAAAUAUUCAAACACCCACUGAAGUACCGCCAUUUUAAUAGUCAACAUUUUGGCAGACAGCAAUAUAGGAGACAUAACACAGCGGUUCCUAUAAUUACUCAGAAAGGUCUUUUAAUAGAAGAAUUUGGUGAUACAAACCACAAGAGAUAUCAUAGAAGGAUUAACCAUCCUGAUAUUACAGUUAAUUAUCACAGUAAACUUCUAGGACGUAUACAACAUCUUGAAAAGGAAUUGAAAAUAGUUAAAAGUCAUAUAAAGAAUGACACAAACGUUAAAGAUUUAGUUUCCCAAGUAGAAAAUGGCAUUGAACCAAAAACAGUCGAUGUCGAUAUUGUCGUAAAAGCAAGAAACAUUAAGAAUGAUGAUUUUAGUUCAAAGGGCCCAAAUAUAUAUGAAAAACCAAUUACUGAUCAAUCACCUAAUUUGAAUCGAGAAGUACAAGUAAUGGAAUCAAAUAACGAUGUAAAUCGAUUUAUAAGUGAAUCAAAUAUUGAUAAGUUAAAAACUACAAACUUCUUAAAUCAAGUAUCAACACUUGAAUCUAAUAAUGCUAAUCAAGGGAAAAUGUAUUUUCCAAAAUCAGAAUUAAAGGAAGUGAGUCAAUUAGAUAAAGAAAAUAAAGAACCAAAUGAUACCAAUUCAUGGAACACUAAGUCCAAUAAUCAUAUUUAUGAUAAUUCUACUGAAUAUAAUAUAAAAAGAGUUAUAACUGACAGUAAACAAAAAGAUAACGUUUUCGUAAAAAGCUUAAAAGAAAAAAAUAUCACAAGCGAAGAUCGGUUAGAUAAAAAUUGGGAUAAAGAAGUCUUUAAAGGACGGUAUGUUAAUAAGAGAAACGAUUAUACACACCCAAAGACAAAUAAUUUAAAUUCGAAAGAUGUUAAAACAGAAUUACAACCAACCGUCACAAAAGAAAUGGAACAAGACCGUAAAGCACAUAAUAGUGGUCUUACAUUUAGAGGAAGAUACGAUGAAACCACUUCUAUACCUAAAGCAAAGGUAGAACUAAAAACUAAUGAUAAAAUAAUUCAAACACAAGGGACUGCAUCCAAUUUAUUAGACUCGACAACAACACCUAGUAAAUUAAUAAAAGAACUGACACAAGAAAUUGGAGAACAAUUGGCUGGUCUUUCAGAUGCUAAUGUUGAGAGAAAUGCACACAAUGGUGAAACAGAUAAGAAUAGAGAGGCAAUGGAUUUACAUUUGGUACUCAAAUCAGGAUCUACUCCAAGUAUUAAUAAUGAGACACUAACACGUUGGAAGAGUUCAUCGAACAUCACGCUUCCUUAA